AUGUGCAUAGAUUUCACUGAUUUGAACAAGGCUUGCCCUAAGGAUAGUUAUCCUUUGCCACGUAUUGAUCAAUUAGUGGACUCUACAGCUGGCCAUCAGUUGUUGAGCUUCAUGGACGCCUUCUCAGGAUAUAAUCAGAUAAAGAUGGACGAAGUUUAUCAGGAAAAGACCUCCUUCAUUACCAGUCAAGGUUUGUUUUGCUAUAAGGUGAUGCCCUUUGGUCUAAAAAACGUAGGGCCAACUUAUCAAAGGUUGGUUAAUCACAUGUUCCGUCCACAGAUAGGGCGGAAUGUAGAGGUCUAUGUUGACAACAUGAUUGUGAAGAGCAUAGACAAAGGGAGCCAUUUGGACGAUCUACAGGAAACCUUUGAAACACUUAGGCAAUAUAAGAUGAAAUUGAACCCAAGUAAAUGUGCGUUCAGAGUAUUGUCGGGAAAGUUUCUGGGGUUCAUGGUUUCGCAAAGAGGAAUUGAAGUGAAUCCAGACAAGAUCCAAGCCAUAUUGGACAUGGAACCACCGAAGAAUAUCAAGGAAGUCCAAUCCCUCACUGGGCGAAUUGCUGCUUUGAACAGGUUUGUUUCAAAAGCCACAGACAAAUGUUUACCUUUCUUCAAAGUCCUCAGGAAGGCGUUCAAAUGGACGGACGAAUGUCAAAAGGCCUUCCAAGAUCUGAAGGACUAUCUCACUAUAGCUCCAUUAUUAAGUCCGUCCGUGCAAGGAGAGGAACUGUAUCUGUACUUAGCGAUGUCUCCACAUGCCGUAAGUUCAGCUCUAAUCAAGAAGGAAGGAAAAGUGCAAAAACCCGUGUACUACACUAGUCGAGCACUCAGAGGAGCAGAAAGAAGGUAUCCACUGAUAGAGAAGUUGGCUUUUGCACUAAUAACAGCUUCUAGAAAGUUAAGAUAUUACUUCCAAGUUCAUGUCAUCAAUGUCAUGACGGAUCAUCCGCUCAAGAAGGCAAUGAACAAGCUGGAAGCUACAGGACGGUUGAUUCAAUGGGCGGUGGAACUUAGUGAAUUUGACAUUCGGUACCAACCGAGAAAUGCAAUAAAGGCCCAAGCCCUAGCAGAUUUCAUUGCAGAGUUCACUCCAAGUUACGAGGAUUUUGGUGAAAGAGAGUACAAUAAAAAAUGGGUCGUCCAUGUAGAUGGAUCGUUUACACUGCAUGCUGGAGGUAUAGGAGUUGUUUUGCAGUCACUAGAAGGAGACAAAUUAAAGUACAAGACUUGUUUGCAAUACCAAACCACUAAUAAUGAAGUGGAGUAUGAAGCCCUUUUAAAGGGGUUGGAGCUGGCUAAAUCUAUAGAAGCAGACUCAAUACUUGUCUUGGGAGACUCUCAGGAAGAGAAUGUGGAAGCAGAUACUCUGGCAAAGGAAGCCUCUGCGAAUGAAGCAAUGGACGAGUUGGAUACAGUACAAUACAUGCCAAGUAUAGACCUUCCAGAGAUGCUGCAGAUAGAGGGUGAGGAAAAUUGGAUGACCCCAAUAGUGUCAUACUUUAAGGACGGAAGGCUUCCAGAAGAGAAGGACGAAGCCAGGAAGCUCAGGGUCAAAUCAGCCAAGUACAUACUUAUGGACGAAGUGUUAUACAAAAGAGGCUUUUCCCAGCCUCUCCUAAGGUGUUUGGCUCCGGACGAGGCAAACUACAUAUUGAGGGAGGUUCAUGAAGGAGCAUGUGGUAACCAUUCAGGAGCCAGAUCACUCGUCCAUAAAGUCAUCCGUAGCGGAUUCUAUUGGCCAACCAUCCAAGCUGAUGCUAAGGCAUAUGUUAAGCUUGAAGGGGCAAAGGGAGUAUGGCCGGAUGAGUUAUCGGGUGUUUUGUGGGCUUACAGAACGACAGUGAGAACUCCCACAGGGGAAACUCCUUUUAAACUAGCCUAUGGAAGUGAGGCAGUUAUACCGGCAAAAGUACAUAUGGCCAGCCACAGGGUGGGGAAGUAUCAGGCUGAAGAAAACGAAGAACAGCUCCGUCUUAACCUUGACCUUAUGGACGAGGUCAGGAUGGAUGCAGAACAGAGAACAGCGAGGUACAAAAAUCUUAUGGCAAGACAAUAUGAUGCCAUGGUGAAGCCCAGGCACUUCAACAUUGGGGAUCUCAUCCUGAAGAGGAUUACCUUGAAUGAUCCACAAAAAAGCAAACAAGCAUGGACGAAUGAAAUCCUUGGACACAAGGAUGUGUCGUCCAUAAGCUUUCCUUAA